AUGGAUAGUACGGAUAGAAGCAAGCACAUUCCAUGGCUUGAAAAGUAUCGUCCACAAGUGUUUGAGGAUAUUGUCGGCAAUGAAGAUGUCAUCGACCGUUUCAAGCACUUCGCAGUGCAUGGAAACAUUCCCAACUUUAUUCUCGCCGGUCCACCCGGUGUCGGGAAGACAACUACCAUCCUUUGCUUGGCAAGAAAGCUUUUAGGUGACAUUUACAAGGAUGCUGUGAUGGAGUUAAAUGCCUCUAAUGAACGAGGAAUUGACGUAGUGAGAAACAAAAUAAAAAUGUUUGCUCAAUCCAAAAUGUCGCUUGGUCCAACUCAACACAAGAUUGUUAUUCUGGAUGAGGCGGAUAGCAUGACUUCGGGAGCACAACAGGCGCUUCGGCGAACAAUGGAGAACUACUCAAACACAACUCGUUUUGCGCUGGCUUGCAACUCCUCCGAGAAGAUCAUUGAGCCUAUUCAGUCUCGAUGUGCGGUCAUUCGCUUCUCCAAAGUGGGCGAUAAGCAGAUUGCCGACAAAAUUAUUGACAUUUGCAACAAGGAAUGCCUACAGUACGACAAUGAAGGCAUUGAAGCGAUCGUUUUCACUGCUCAGGGUGACCUCCGUCAGGCGAUCAACAAUCUGCAGUCCGUCUCCGAUGGUUUUAAUAAGAUCAUCUCAAGUGAGCACGUUUUUAAGGUUUGCGAUGAGCCUCAUCCAAACUUCAUCAAGGAUAUGUUUAAGCACGUUUUAGACAGUGACGUGGACGAAGCCUAUGCCAUUAUCGCCAAUCUUUACCAUCUAGGAUACUCUCCUGAAGAUAUCAUUAGCAAUGUGUUUCGCAUUUGCAAAAGUUACCCACUGCCAGAGCACCUAAAGCUGGACUUUAUCAAAGAAAUCGGCAUCACGCAGAUGAGAAUAUGCCAAGGCGUCAACUCACUGGUGCAGUUUUCCGGACUGAUUGCCAAGAUGUGUAGAAAAAGCAUGUAG